CUCAAAGAGGUUGUACCCGAUCACAAGCUACCCGGCUGGAGGCAGAAGAGCAUCCCCACAGCAGUCAAAGACGUCUCAGAUCAGUCUUCAAGGGCAACAGCCAGAGCAGUCAAGUGCAGUGACAAGCCACUUGGAGGCAUUCAACUCAUCGUCUGCGGAGACUUUCUUCAACUCCCACCGGUCACUAAGACUGGUGAGAAACGGGUAUUCUGCUUCCAGUCGGCAGCAUGGACUCAGUGCAUCCAGCUUACAAUGGAACUCACUCAAGUCAAACGCCAAGAUGAUCCCGUCUUCAUCAAUAUCUUGCAGAAUAUACGCAUUGGAAGAUGUCCACAGGAGCUAUGUGAUCGUCUGACUGCUACGGCCAAUCACAUCAUCGAUCGGGAUGGUAUCCUAGCAACUAGGCUGUGUACCCACAAACAGGACGUUGACCUCUUGAAUCAGGUUCACCUCAAGAAACUGACCGGAGAUCCUAGAGUGUUUGAUGCCUGGGACAGCGACCCCAACCUAGUGAGUAUUAUCAACAGUCAGUGUCCAGUCCCUAGGAGUCUUGAGCUUAGGGUUGGAGCCCAGGUCAUGCUGGCCAAGAAUCUUGACGUACAGCAGGGUCUGGUCAACGGAGCUAGAGGGGUGGUAACAGGGUUCGGCGCAGGGGAAACUGGCCUACCCAUAGUGAAGUUUAUGUGCGGCGUUGAGCAGGCCAUACGGAUGGAACGUUGGCCGAUACGAGCCGGUGCUGGUCUGGUACUCAGCCGUCGGCAACUCCCUCUCAAGUUGGCCUGGGCAAUAUCAAUUCACAAAAGCCAGGGAAUGUCCUUAGACUGUGUGGAAAUCUCGCUCGCUCGUGUCUUCGAGUGCGGCCAAGCCUACGUGGCUUUAUCCCGAGCCCGUAAUCUAGAGGGCCUACGCGUCGUUGAUUUUGAUCGGGCCUGCGUGCGCGCCCAUCCGGACGUCGUCAAGUUCCAUCACGUCUUGCGGAGGCAGCAGCGCAUGAUGCAGACUGAGAUCGAAGACUACACACAAGAUAAGGAAAACAUCAGGCCGUAUCUUUAGCAGGGAUUAGUAUAUCAGGUUUUUAUCUGAAUUACAAGAUUUUGAGUCAACCUGAUAAAGAAAAUCAGCUG